CUCGGGAGGCGCCGCGGCGGCCCACGAGCGAGGAGGACUCCUCCUACAGCUCGGCCGAAGAAGGGGAUGAUGAUGACCAGGAGGUCAUCAUAAUAUCCCCCCGACCAUCUUGCAGCAGCAGAGGCAGCGAGAGGAAAGAAGGAGAGGCCAAUAAGGAGACCGGCAUACCCCGCUCCGGCGUCGCGCCACUUGGCGUGUCCAGUAGCAGCCCCAUAGAAACGUACGACAGGGAGCGGAGCGAAGGGUAUGCAAGCGCUCGGAGGAUGGGCGACGGUCGAUUCCACAGCAUGGAAUCGAUGGAAAGGGAGCCGGCACACCAGCUCCCCGUCCGCGACCCGGUGAUUGCCGAUCCACCCCAGGGUUCGAUUCCUAGUGGAAACCCAACAAGCAAUGGGCUCUCGACGCAGGGCGGAUCACCACUGAUGCACAGGGACUCUAGCGAGCCACUGCAGGGCCCGAUCCCCAGCGCACACCCAGCAGGAGCCAGAACGAUCGGCGUACCCAACACUCUGCAACUCGUUGAACCACCCAGGUCAGCGCUUCCCAUACAAACGAACCACAGGGAGCAGAGUAUAGGGUAUCCAGGAACCAGGAUAACUGCCCAGGAUCGGUUUCACAGCAUGAACUCAAUCGAAAGUGAGCCGGAACAACAGCAGGAACAGUCGCUGGGCCAUAUCACAGAUCCACCCCAGGGUUCAUUCCCCAGUGAAAACCCAGCAAGCAAUGGGAUUUGGACGCAGGGAGGAUCUCCACCGAUGCCUGACAGGGAUUCUCUCGAUCCACUGCAGGGCUCGAUCCCCAGCGAUCACCCAGCAGGAGCGGCCAAUCAGGAGAUUGGCGUACCCCGCACGAUGCAGAUCGAUGAACCGCAUAGGUCGUCGUCCCUCAUACAAACGGACAAUAGGGGGCAGAGUGCAGGGUAUGCAGGGUAUGCAGGAGCUAAAAUAAUGGAUCAGGGCCGGUUUUACAGCGCAGAAUCGAUGGAAAAUGAGCCGGAACAACAGCAGGGGCAGCCGCUGGACGCUACUAUUGAUCCACUCCAGGGUCCAUUUCCCAAUGAAAUCCACGAAGCAAACGGGGCUUGGACGCACGGAGGGACUCCACCGCCCAGCGUACACCCCACAGGAGCGGCCGGCGUACCCCACACGCCGCGGGCCGGAGACCCGCUUGGGUCACCAGCCCGCAUGCAGAUGGACACCACGGAACAGAAUGUACGAUUUGCAGGAUCCGAGAGGAGGGUCCAGGAUCGGAUUCCCAGUUGGGAAUCCAUCGAAAGCGAACCAGAACAACACCAGAGGCAGUCACUGGGCAGCACUACCGACCCACCACACGGUUCGAUUCCCAAAGAAAGCCGAGCAAGCAAUGGGGCUUCGAUGCAGGGAGGGUCAUCACCGACGCCUGAUGGGGCUCUCACAGCCCCACCACAGAGCCCGAAUCCCAGCGACCGCCGAGGGGAUUGUGUCGUGGCAGGGGAUCCUUCUCCCGAUCAGGAAGCAGCAAUCGGGAGGGAGGAGGAACAGCCCACCUGCUGCCCUAACUGCGGCAGAUCGUUUGCUACCAAACGGGGGUUGGCCCAACACCUACGACGGGGCACAAACAACCCUUGCGCAAAAUUACACGCAGAAGUUAUCAACCAACAGCAGAAUGUGCCAACGUCCCCCGAUCUCAGCACCAAAAGAAGCCGAGGACAGCGCACAGAAGACCAUGGAGGGGGUAGGACCUCACAGGCGGCUCUGUCGAGGUCCCCAAAGAGGAAACAGCACAGGAAACACCCACCCCUGUCCUCCCCAUACCCCCCAUGGGCUGGACCUACAUCAGCAGCAGACCUUCCAACACUGGAGGACAAAGAGACAACACCGCCAACUCAACAGAAUCUGCAGACGACAACAGAGCGAAGCAGCCAGUUACUGCAGACCAACAACCCACCGGAGACGACAGCACAGCGGAAUGAGCCCAUCUCACGCCGCAAACCACUCCGCAUCCCCCGACUCUCCGCAGAUUCCCGCGCAAGGCUACAAAAAACCCUGGAAGAACUUGCAAAGGAGACAGCAGAGAAGGUCAGCGGAGGCACUUGGGAGGAAGCUGAAGCCGUAAUCAACGGUUUCACAGAACGACUAUAUGACGCAAUUUGGUUCGCUGACAAGGCCCCACCAGCAGCCCAAAAGGACGGGCCGAGGAAGCAGCACUCCCAGAACGGCAAACACCAAGCAACCCCAACGGCACGCGUAUCGCCAAGACUGGCCCAAGCGCAGGACAACGUCACAAAGGCGUUGCAUGCCCUCCGGGAGGAGGAAAGGGCUCAGCAGGGCAAACCAACCGACUCGAUAGAAGCCAAAAUGAAGAAGCGAGCACUCGAAAGACAACUACGAACAGCGCGUCGCCGCCUCAUCAGCAUCCUGAAAGAAGAGUCAGCACAUAAACUCCAAACACUCUACAUGCGAGACCGAAAGAAGUGCGUGGAGCAACUUCUAGCUGACGAAGACCAGUCCCAAAGCCACGAUUGCCCUAUCCAGCUCAGCGAGCUGGAGGCACACUUCAGAGAACAGCACUCGGAGCAGGCUAUUGAUCCCACAUCCAAACUUGCGCACGAGUUCUUGGACCCUCUGGCGGCGGCUCCACUAGGAGCGCAAGGGAUUGAUGCAACCUUCACUGAAGAGGAUGUGCGAGCUCAGCUGCUGAAAAGCAACCUUAGAUCUGCAGCAGGGCCAGAUGGGAUAAGGUUCUCAGUGUACAAGCAGUUCGCAGAUGUGCUAAUCCCAGCCAUGUCCGCGAUCUACAACGCGUGCUCCAAGCACAGGCAAGUGCCAAGGAAGUGGAAGGAGAGCGUGACGGUGCUAAUUCCCAAGGGGGGGGACCCAAAAAGCGUGAAGAAUUGGCGACCAAUUAAUCUACAGGACUGCAUAUACAAACUCUACGCAGCACUGUGGGCUCAGAAGAUUGCCGCCUGGGCAAUCAAGAGCGGCGUCGCUUCCAAGUCGCAGAAGGGAUUCAUGCCAGUGAACGGGUGCCAUGAGCACCUAUUUCUCGCCCAAAGCAUUCUCAACUCUACGCGCAGGAGCAAGAAACCGCUGUACAUGACCUACUACGACUUGCAGAACGCCUUUGGAUCCAUCUCCCACCAGCUCAUACACGUUGUCUUACAGGCUCAACGGCUACCGAAGCAUGCCCAGGAGGUCAUCAUGGACCUCUAUCAAGGAGCAAGCUUCUGCAUCUUGACGAAGGAGGGCUGCACUGGUCGCAUAGUCAACCAGCGGGGAGUCAAACAAGGCUGCCCGCUCAGCCCCAUCCUCUUCAACCUUGCCAUUGAGCCUCUGCUGCAGCGGCUAGCGGCGUGCAAUGAAGGCCUUGAACUGCGUACGACAGAUGGGAAGCCACAGGUGAAAGUCUCGCAUAUGGCGUAUGCAGAUGACCUCAAGACGGUGGCCGCUACACGCGUAGGUAUCAGCAAACUCCACCAGGUGGUGGAAGAUUUUCUUCAAUGGACGGGACUUAAGGCCAACCCGUCUAAAUGCGCAACGCUGGGACUGAAGGUGCAAAAGGCCAAGCAGGUACCAGACCCCGUCAAACUCACCCUACACUACGAGGUCUUACCAGUGGUGAAGCUGGGAGAAGCCUAUAAAUACCUGGGCAUCAAAGAUGCGCUGGAAUCACCAGUCCAGCAGAGCCAAAUCCUUCGAGCCAUGAGCAGAAUCAAGAAGGAUUUGAACAAGCUCCUCAGGUCAGAACUUCUCCCGUGGCAGAAACUCGAUGCGCUGCGCACUUUCGUGAUGUCCCGAUUGGACUAUUAUCUCAGGCAUUGCUACCCAUAUAAACAACAACUGGUCGCAUUCGAUGUCUACGUCCGUGCCGCCCUGAAGGCAGCCUUCAAGCUCCCAAAGAGCACGAGCAAAGAGGUAUUUCACCAGCCGAUUCCCAAUGGCGGUUUGGGUUGUACCUCUAUACAGACGAUGGCCGCUGCAACGCAGAUUGGACAUGCUAUCCAAAUGCUCAACAGCCCUGAUGACACGAUCCGAGCGGUUGCAGAAGGACAGGUGCUGGAGGUCAUUAAGCGGGCAUUUGUCUACACACCAGAUGACGAGACUAGCGACCGAGAGGCUAUUCUUGCCUUUCUCAACGGCAAAGAUAUCGGCUGUCUACGACGGAGAAGCAAGAAAGCGGAUAUAAGAAGCCUCUGGUCAGAACUCCCAGGUAAUAUCGCGAUGAGCAAGACGCGACUCGCAACUGGGGUUAAUGGUCGCUAUGUGCUUCAGAAAGCAGAUGGCGCCGCUCUCGACCAGAAGCAGCUCAUUAGGAGUAUUAAACAGCAUAUGGCGGAAUGGCAGCGGGAUGUGUGGAAAGAGCAGGUGGAUCAAGGAAAAUCGGUGGCUUACCAGACGGCGGAUAGUAACGCGUUUCUACGGGGGCCGUCUCGUCUGAAGCCCGAAGACGUCAUCUUCGCCAUCAGGGCGAGAUCUGCGCAGCUCCCCACACGGCAUUACCUCAAACGCAUUGGGGUAACAAAGCUAGCCCGUUGCCGCCAUUGUACAGCUGACCCUGAAACCCUCGCGCACAUCCUUAACCACUGCCCGCACAGUAUGGACAGCAAAAUAAAAAUGCGCCACAACAAAGUACUGGAGCGGAUCACAACGGCCAUUACACAGAGCGCAGUCAACAGGGGGAAAACCUUACUGAUCGACAAGUGCCCGGAUGAUAUGGAAACACGCUUGAGACCAGACAUUAUUCUGCGCGACGAAAAGAGGAAGACAAUGACAAUCGCAGAUGUAGCGGUAGUCUUUGAAGACUACAAGAAAAACUCGUUCGGCUCCGCCGCCAUUCACAAGGAAGAGAAGUACAAGGAUCUCAAGACCCACUAUGAGCAACGUGGAUACCGGGUAUCAGUGCAUGCGCUCGUCUACGGCUCGCUGGGCUGUAUAGCGCAAGACAAUAGAAAGGUGCUUACACAAGAUCUAGGCAUCGCCGAACGCACCGCAUGGGUAUUACAACGGAUCAUUAGCACUGACUGUAUCCGAUACAGCAAUCAGAUCUGGGGUUUUCACGUGGCUGACAAUGGAUCAAGGCGGGCGCGAGGAGGAAAUCGCUCUCGCACAGCCAACAUGCAGUGA